UCGCCCGGUUACCUAGCGUUUAGUCUGCAUAUGAAUUUCUAAGUUUGUCAACGAAUUGGUCGUCCACCUGUUUUGCUAUUGUUUUAGUGCGAAACACACCAAUGUGACUACAUAACUGACAAACAGUUACUCGUCAGUACGGUGUGCAUUUGAACAGCGACACAAGCAAUUUGCCGUCAAUUACAUAUUGGUUUAGCCGUUUACUUGUUGUGCGCGUGCUCUUGCCGUGUCCUGUAUGCGUCAGUGGGUACAUGGCCUUACCAAUCAACAAUGGCUCAACAACUGUCGCCGCUAAGGCUGUUACAAUUACUGCCGCUAUCAUUGUGGUUUGCAGCAUGUUGCUACACUGAGUCACAGGCUGUGGCAUUGGAGGGAGCCGCGUUGGUUGAAAUAUACGCGAAAAUGGGUGGCGGCGGUGGCAUUGAAAAUAAUGGUUAUGUUGUUGGUGGCGAUAAUGGCGGUGAUGUUGCUGGCAUAAGAGCUGUUGUAAAUGAUUGUUUUGAGAUAUUUUUGCAGGGUAGUCGCAACGCCAGCAACACCUAUGCGUCGGCAUAUAGAGAAUGUCUCAAUUUAGGCAAGGAAUGGCGGACGCAAUUUACAGUGCAGCAACAAUCGCAGCGUGAAGUCAUGACUGCGGAAAUGGCACAGAUGUGUAAGGAGUUUCACGAAUGUUCGCAAUCUGAAAGUGAUUUGGCAUUCUUCCAAUGCAAUAAAAAGAAUUCCUACAAAAACGUGAACACGCUAAUUUUUGUAUAUUCCAAUUCAUCAGCCGCCAUUGUGGAAUUGGAGGAGAAGUACCAUGAAGCUGAUAAAGAAGUAAUGCUGUGCAUCAUCGCCGCUGAGGAGCAAUACUUAACAUCAACUACCAAUGCGUAUCUGCAGCUUUUGCAAUGUUUGAGAGCAUGA